AUGUUCGCUCUGGCUCCGUCCAUUCCCGAUCGUCCGCUCUCUCUUCUCAGUACCUCCACGAUGUACGCCUCCUCCGCCGCUCGCGCCCGUCUGGCCACUGUUGCCCGUCGUGGUUUCUCCACUAGCCGCGCCCAGCUCGGCAGCCCCUACCAUUAUGCUGAGGGCCCUCGCACCAACAUCCCCUUCAACCCCCUGACCAAGCACUUCUUCUGGCGCUACUGGUCCUUCAUGGCUGUUGGCUUCGGUGCUCCCUUCGGCAUUGCUGUCUGGCAAACCUACAAGACCAAAUAA